AUGGCGUCAACAAGCAAGAUUGAUGUGCAGUCCAAGCUCAAAGACUCAAGUCUCUUCAUCGCAGAUGCAUUCAUUUCUGGGGAAUGGGUAUCAAAAGACGCAAAAUUCGAUGUCUAUGAGGCCUCUUCAGCUUCGGUGCUGGGCCAAGUAGCCAAUUGCAGUCUUGAAGACUUUCAAACGGCGAUCCAGGAUGCUAGUCAAGCCGGAGACAAAUAUUUUGCCAGCACCACGGCUGCUGUCCGGGGCGCUUUGCUUAGGAAAUGGUAUGAACUUAUCAUGACAAACCAAGAAGAUAUUGCCACGAUUCUCAGCCUCGAAAAUGGCAAGACGAUGGGUGAAGCCAGAGGCGAGACGGCCUAUGCCGCCAGUUUCAUUGCGUGGUUCGCCGAGGAGGCCACCAGAUCCUACGGCGUCACCAUCCCGUCAUCCAUGCCGCACACGACGCUCAUGACCAUUCGCGAGCCGGUAGGCGUCUGCGGCAUCAUCACGCCGUGGAACUUCCCCGCGGCCAUGAUUACGCGCAAGGUGGCACCCGCUCUGGCGGCGGGCUGCUCCGUCGUCAUCAAGCCGCCGAGCGAGACGCCCUUUACCUGUCUGGCGCUGACCAAGCUGGCGGUCGAGGCCGGGUUUCCGCCCGGCCUGAUCCAGGUGUGUCCGACCAAGGACCGCCAGGCGGCCACGGAGCUGGCGACCAAUCCGCUGGUCAAGAAGAUUUCCUUUACGGGGUCUACGGGCGUGGGCAAGAUGCUGGCCAAACUCGCCGCGGGCACGCUCAAAAAGGUCAGCUUGGAGCUCGGCGGCAACGCGCCGUUUAUUGUCUUUGCGGACGCGGAUCUCGAUGCUGCUGUAGAGGGCGCCAUGUUUUGCAAGUUUCGCUGUUCGGGCCAGACGUGCGUGUGCGCAAACCGUCUGUACGUGCAAAAGAGCGUCGCCAAAGAGUUCACGGCCAAGCUGGUCCAAAAGGUGUCGGCUCUCCAAAUGGGUCCCGGGUAUGAGCCCUCGACGACCCAAGGCCCAUUGGUCAACGAGGCCGCCGUGAAGAAAGUAAGAGAGCACAUCGAGGAUGCGCUGGCCAAGGGUGGAAAGAUUGAAGUAGGCGGCAAAGCCCCAGAGCAGCCGGGCUACUUUUUUGCGCCGACGGUCAUUUCUGGAGCGACACCGGACAUGAUUGUGAGCAGAGACGAGACGUUUGGUCCCCUUGCGCCAGUUUUUGAAUUUGAUACCGAAGAGGAAGCCAUUCGUCUGGCCAACGACACCGAGUUUGGCUUGGCUGGCUACUUCUUUUCGCGCGACUAUGCUCGCAUCAUGCGCGUCGCGCAGCGGUUGCAGGUCGGCAUGGUGGGCGCCAACACUGGCAAGAUUAGCGCUGCAGAGGCCCCGUUUGGGGGCGUAAAGGAGAGUGGAUACGGCAAGGAAGGAAGCUGUUAUGGGCUCGCCGAAUACACAAAUGUCAAGAGCAUCACUAUCGGAGGACUUGACUCUUAG